AUGAGUUCAACAAGCAAAGCGUGGAUGGUGGCGGCAAGCAUUGGGGCUGUGGAGGCACUGAAAGACCAACUGGGUUUCUGCAGAUGGAACUACAUCAUCCGAUCAGCCCAUCACUACGCCAAGUCCAACGUCAGAUCCAUCUCUCAAGCCAAGACUCUAGCUCCAUCCUCUGCAGCGGUAGCGUCCAGCAGCAAGUUGAAGCAGGAGGCUCAAACUUCUGAGGAGUCCCUUAGGAAAGUCAUGUACUUGAGCUUCAGCAUAGGAGCCGUGGAGGCACUCAAAGAUCAAAUGGGAUUCUGCAGGUGGAAUUACAUCAUCAGAUCUGUUCAUCAUCACGCCAAAACAAAUGUUAGAUCCAUCUCUCAGGCGAAGAGCCUUGCGCCUUCCUCUGCCGCAUUGGUCUCCAAUACAUUGAAGGAGGAGGCUCAACAGGCCGAAGAGUCUCUACAGAAAGUUAUGUACUUAAAUUGUUGGGGUCCUAGUUGA